GGACCUGAAUUGGAGAAGAAUCUCAGAAACUGUCCAAGAUUUCUAGCUCGUCGCUAACUUGUUAAGCCAAUUUAUAUUUGAUUGUUGAGAUAAAAGUGAGUUACUCUCUACCCUGAAAUUAUCGUUCAUACUCUUUUCUUUUCAAAAAUAUCCUUACCUUAAAAGUGAUGGUUUGCUGAACUGCUAUCCCCUUACCUUGGCUUUCCUUGCGCAGUCAUCAGUAGAUCCACUCACUUGGUAACCACGCAACAAACGCUAUUGCUCUAAAAUUUAACCAGUAACCAGUUUAUCAUAUCAUUACUUGACGUCAUUUUACUUCAUUUCUUAUAAAUUUGUGGUUUAGAUCGUCACAAACUUACCUCUAUUUCGUUCUAAAGUGUAGUUUUCAACGGUGUUUCUAAAUCUUUUGAUCAUCAGUUGGUUAAUAUCUAAAAUACGAAAUGGGUGACUGUUACGACUGUUUAGGCCGCUCUGUCUGGUAUGCAUUUCUAAUUUGGUUAAUUGUUAAAAUCAUCCGAGUUGUAUAUAACCAUUUUCUUGGACCAGCUUUAGGGUUAGGAGUUAAAUGGGCACCUGGGUCAGAUAGUUGGGCUGUUGUCACUGGUUCAACCGAUGGAAUCGGUCUUGAAUAUGGUAAACAAUUAGCUAACAAAGGCUACAAUGUUCUUCUAAUUUCCCGUACGCAAUCAAAAUUGGAUGCAGUUAGUGACACCAUUAAGCAGAACUGCCCCAAGGCUCGUAAGAUUGAAACCCUUGCUUUUGAUUUCACCUCAACUGACUACUCUUCAGUUGAAGCUAAAAUUAACUCAUUAGAAGGAUCAGUUGACGUUUUGGUCAAUAAUGUUGGUGUCUCAUAUCCUUUCCCUGAAUACUUCACCAAAUUGGAAUCAUGGAAGUUGAUUGAAGAUUUAAUCAAUGUCAAUAUUGUCUCAGUGACCCGUAUGACUCAUAUAGUUUUAUCUAGAAUGGAAGCAAACCGCCGAGGUGUCAUAAUCAACAUCGCAUCUUAUGCUGGUUCCUUGCCAUUACCAUUGCUGACUGUUUAUUCGGCAACCAAGGCUUAUGUCGAUUACUUUUCUCGUGCUUUACACUUAGAGUAUGAAUCUAAAGGAAUCAUCAUUCAAAGUGUACUUCCUGCAUUUGUUGCAACUGCCAUGAGUCGUAUGAGACCUUCUUUAUUCGUACCAAAUGCAUCAAAAUAUGUAAGAUCUACAUUAUCUACUGUUGGUUUUGAGAAUCGAACCUAUGGUUUCUGGGUCCACAAAUUAUAUGGAAGCAUCACUGAAACGGUCAAUUGUCUUUCUCCAUCAGCAGAUUUCAUGUCCAAAAUGUCAAUGAAUAACCUACAAGCAACACGUAAACGGGCCUAUAAAAAGCUUCAAAAGCAAAAUUGAUUGGAAGCGAUUGAUGUUAUCCAGGUUAAACCUGUGCUGAUACUCUCGGGUAUAUGGUUAUUUUAAGAUGAUAAGAGCAAUUAUUAAAUUAGAGAAAUUAAUUUAUAAGAACAAUUUAAAUAAAGAAGCAUGCCAACGGCAUUUAUACAUAACAAUUUAAAUUCAAAAUUUUUGUAUGAACCAUAGACCAAAAGUCAUUUCAUUCUCAAUUUGUAUGAUUUGAUUGCUCAAAAGUUAAGUUUUCAGCAAUAUUAGUUGUACUUUUUUGGUUUUCUAGCAGUAAAGCACCAAAUCUAACAA